GUUCUCAAAUAGCCUACGUGAUCUUUGACAGUAUUAAAAUUAGAAUCCAGAUCUUCAGGACGGGAAUAGGUGUAAUGAUGACGUUUUAGGAACUGGCUACUCUUCCUAAUGUACAACGACCCCAGUUUUCAAAAGGCUGCUACGCUUCGAGGCGGUUCCUUGAAUCAGAAAUUCCACGUCUAAGGAAAGAUUUCCUUCCUGUGUUUAUCCUGGACUGGAGAAGUCUAUCAGAACGCUAUCAGAGUUGCAAGCCUCAGAUGCCACCACCUCUGCGGACUGAAAUUCCUCUAUUUUAUGGGCGCUUAAACUUCGAGGCAACCUGAUAAGUCAUUAGAUAUGAACUGGGUAGUAAGCAUCAUCUCAUUUUCUAUGUUAAUCUUAUCAGCUGUAGGGGAAACUCCACGCUGCAGUUGUGAAGAAAACAAAUGCAAAGCAGUUCAUCUGUUCUCCGUCGACUUUGAAAUGGCUCAAAACAUGUGUAGACAGUGGGGCGGUGAGUUGAUGACAAUGAAGUCAAAUGCCUCCGAUGAAAUCAUUGGUUCUCUACUUGGUGAUACCGAUGGAGCCUUUUGGAUUACCCUACGUCGUGCCAGUGGAGAAUUUACCAACUUUGUUUCUAUGCUGAAGGGUUCUGAAUCGACGAACGCCAGACAAACCAUCGAGUCCUCCAACUGGAUGAGUGAAAACGUGGGUAACACAGCUCAUUGCGUGUCUGUUUCCCGUGACAGAAUAUGGAAAGCUCAACUGUGCACUGACAAACUUACUGGAUUUCUUUGCGAGGACGUCAAAAGGAACAUCUGCAAAGCGGUGCUUCCUUUUCGUGAUCCUCGUCUCGUUGGAUUUUUUUACAACAGUAGGCCUAAUGAGUGUAUGUAUGGUCCUUGUGAGCACCACUGCGAGAUUAUACCAGGGGGUUAUAUGUGCUCUUGUGGAAAAGAUUACAUUCCCAGAAUAACAAAUCGCCACAUGUGUGACUAUCACUGCCCGAAUAAAACCUGCGUCGCUGUAUGUCAUAAGGGACAGAACACAUGUUACUGUCCAGAAGGUUUUGUUUUAAAUAAAAAUGCUUCGGGCACGUACUGUGAUGACAUAGACGAGUGUGAGGCGGACAGCUGCGCGCAAAAAUGCGAAAAUACUUUUGGAAGUUAUGUAUGUUCGUGUAACAAUACCUUUCGACUAGUUAACAAAGAUAAAUGUAUUCCCAUUUAUGUACCCACAACACCACACAGUAACCACACAAUGAGUAUUGCUUCUUUUAGCACCGCAGGGGAGUUUAUUGGAUUAGCUAUAUUCAUUAUAGUGGCGAUUUUUAUUCUGGUGUUUCUCUUGCGUUAUUUACGUAUGCGAACGAGUGACGACCACGAGACCCAAAUUAAUCCCCAAAACAACUCGGAGAUUUAGAACACAGGAAUUGGGUUUAUUAUUUUACCGAACAGACCAAUAUAAAUCCAGAUGUACUCAUUUCAUGACAUAGACUUUAACUGUUUACUAUUGUUAUUAUUGUUGUUGCUGUUAUUAUUACUGACAUCAUUAGUGUUGUGGUUGUUAUCAUUUCAUGUUGUAUCCUAUAAUAGGCUGCAAAAUCCACCUCACCCUUAAACGUCAGAGAAAGGCCAAGCAUUUCCUCUAGUAUGUAAUCUUAAAUUUGUUCGUUUUGAAUUACACGUUUUCACGUUUCAAGUCCCGUCUCUUCUCACAAUACCAUGUCAUAUAUCCUUCCAAAUCACGAUUGGCUCUUAUUUUUACCUCAGUGUCAUAACGUUCUGUUUUCUGCUACUUCAACUGGCCCUUAAUGGGAGGUAUAAGCUGCCAGAAGCUGUGUCAUUUAAAAUACAUUCUUUGACAUGUGAGAUGUGUCAACCCGCAGAUGUUUGGAUUAUGGUCUAAUACAGUGUAGCAACAUAGUAGUUUAAAUGUAAUGCACAUUAAUAAGGGGCUGACGUAGAAUUAUAACCAUAUUAAAAUACAAGUGAGGUGCUUUUAGAGCUUUGAACAUGACCAAGUCCACUUUGGACAAACAUUAGCUAAGUUAAACACACUGUUAAAUGAUAAUAUUCAAAGCUCAUCUGUAAUUUGGAUCUAAGAGUGGCUGGGACAAUGCCUUGACUUUUGUGACUUGUGACUUGACUUUUAGUGACUAGACUUUUGGAGCUGUGACAGAGGAGUGAGCCAAGGGAAAGACCCUGUUUACGAAAUGGCCCUUACAGAUCACCCCUUACAAACAGGGCAAUUUUACAAUUUCAAAUGCAGUUUAGUUUACAAUACGAAAAAUUAAGCUUAAAAAGUUGUUUACUUACACCCAAAAGUAUGGUGAUGGAAUUAGUAUUGAUAUAAAUUUUGAAGACGUCUUGCACACCAUUCUUGGAAGUCAUUCAGUUUCAGAGUCUCCUUCAGUAUAUAAAUGGAUGACAAGGAACUAAUUCAAUUCAAUUUUUAUUUGAGAAGGACUUUUUGUAAUGGAUGAUGUUUCCUCCAUUUGACUUCAUUACUGAUGUAAAACCCAAGAUCAGAAACACUAACAUGUUAAUUUGGAUCCUGCAUAAUUAAGAGAAUGUUUCUGUGAUGAAAUAAAGAAAUGCCAUACAUA